AUGGACAACGGCACGACGGGGGGCGUCCAGCAGAACAACGGCACGACGGGGGGCGUCCAGCAGAACAACGGCACGACGGGGGGCGUCCAGCAGAACAACGGCACGACGGGGGGCGUCCAGCAGAACAACGGCACGACGGGGGGCGUCCAGCAGAACAACGGCACGACGCGGGGCGUCCAGCAGAACCUGGUUCCCAGAGACACCGGCACGACGGGGGGCGUCCAGCAGAACAACGGCACGACGGGGGGCGUCCAGCAGAACCACGGCACGACGGGGGGCGUCCAGCAGAACAACGGCACGACGGGGGGCGUCCAGCAGAACAACGGCACGACGGGGGGCGUCCAGCAGAACAACGGCACGACGGGGGGCGUCCAGCAGAACAACGGCACGACGGGGGGCGUCCAGCAGAACAACGGCACGACGCGGGGCGUCCAGCAGAACAACGGCACGACGCGGGGCGUCCAGCAGAACCUGGUUCCCAGAGACAACGGCACGACGGGGGGCGUCCAGCAGAACAACGGCACGACGGGGGGCGUCCAGCAGAACAACGGCACGACGGGGGGCGUCCAGCAUGAGCACAAAGUACUCCUGGAUACCCAUAAAGUAGACGACCAGAUGUUGAACGGGACGAUGAGCGACGAGGAAAAGUUGAACGGGACGAUGAGCAACGAGCAGUUGUUGAACGGGACGAUGAGCGACGAGGAAAAUUCAAUGGGACGAGGAAAAUCCAAUAAAAGCUCAGCUGGACUAGAACAGUCUUUUAAAAACUCUCAUACUACAUAG